GUAAGAUGGCGGACGAUAAGGACUCGCCGCCCAAGUUGAAGGACCUCGCCUUCUUGAAGGACCAACUGGAGAGCCUGCAGCGCAAGGUGGAGGACGAGGUGCACGCUGGCGUGGGGCAGGAUGGCUCUCUGCUGGCCUCGCCUUUUCUCAAAGGCUUCUUGGCAGGCUACCUGAUCGCCAAGCUUCGCUUCUCGGCCGUGCUGGGCUUCGCGGCUGGCACCUGCACUGGCAUCUACGUCGCUCAGAACUACGCCGUGCCCAACGUGGAGAGGACAAUUCGGGACUAUAUCAAUUCGCUAAAAAAAGGUCGGGACUAGCCAGGAGCCCUGCGGUGCAGUGACUGCAGGGCUGCUGCUCCUUAGCUAGCAGGCACUGAAGGUUCCCAGGGCACUCAGAAGCACCACUGCUGCUCUCCUCUGCUGGAAAGGACUUCACACGAUGUCACUGCAGGGCUGGUUGUGGGGUAUCUACUAGAGCUCUGUGGAAGCAGUCAUCACUAACCCACAGCAGCUUGGAAGCACCAGCAGCCAACGGUUUGCCAGCUGCCUCUUCCCCCUCACCUGCUCCCCACGGCCCUGAGAGGACUGGAAGGCUGCCUGUCACCUGUCACUGUGCUUGCCACCCUUCCACUGAGGCUUUGCCCUAGGAACACGCUUGGUGUGGCUCCCUGGGGGCUCGUAGUGCUCAUUCUAAAGGAAAGACACCCCCCUGGUCUGCUGCUGCGGCAGAAGUGCAGCAGGCAGUGCCCUGCUUUACUCAGGCUCAUUAAAUUUGUGGU